UUCAGGUCAAAACGAUCCAAAGGUAAGAGCACGAACAAAGACCAGUUCUUAAGACUGGUAGAAGAAUUGGAGGAGCAACCAGACAUCGCCAAGGGUUUUGCGCGAUUCGACACCGGUCCUUUUUGGGAGAAUUUGUCGAAGGAAUUGAACAGUCUCGGACCACCAAUAAAAACGUCGGGAGAGUGGAAAAAAGUAUGGGCCGACUGGAAAUCAAACUUAAAACGAAAACUUGCCAACAAUCGGAAGGAACAGCAAGCUACAGGAGGCGGUCCCUGCAAGAUCAUUGAGUUAUCUGCUCUGGAAGAGAGAGUUGUUGAUCUUGCUGGGCUUGUAGCGGCAGUAGAUGGUGUUGAUGAGUCGAUCUCAUUCGGCGCCCCCCUUGAGCCGGACGAAAAUAUGGACCCGGAAGCUGAAGACCAAGUAGACGGAGGCGUUGAUGAAGCAGCGGAUCGCGAAGGCCUGAGGGAACCAGCAAGGCGGAAGAGGCGUGCUCCAGCGAGCUUGGAUCUUCUUGAGUCGCAGGUGAAGCAGCAGAAGAAAUUCCACCACGACGUAGUGGAUGCAUUGCAGUCGCAAUCUAAAAAAAUGGAGGAUCUGGCGUACUACGCCAAACAGGUAUCCAAGCGGAUGCACGAGAUCCAAGCACUGCAAGCCGAACAGCUCAAGGAGCAACGGCGACACAAUCUCGAGAUGGAGAAAAUUUCACUCGAAAAAUUAAAGACUAAACGAGAAAUCCUGGCGCUUCAGUUGGAUCGUUUGUGAAUCACAUUUUCAAAUCUAAUUUUAUGUAUCUACUUACAAUAAAUAAAACUUACUUCUGAAGUUUAUUUGUUUAAUCACAGACAAACAGACGUUUCACUCUACUCACUUCUCAUGAAAAGGGUAAUUCAACGGCGGUUUCGAUCAUGGCGCUCGCAUCGAUUUUGCGCUUGUUUGACGUUUGCUCACUACCGCCACCUACUGAGUGGUUUGCGUAACACAGGUUGGUUAGUAUUGGGCGAUUAUGUUUUCAUGACGGUGAUUUUUAUCGCAAUUUGUUCCAAGUGAUACGUCUGUUUGUCUGUGGUUUUAUCAUUGGUGGCAAUUAUGGUGGAAUCUAUUGUGAUUUUCAUUGGAAUUCUUCCGAGAAAUGCUGCAGGGAUUCCUACGGGAAUUCCUACACGGAUUUCUCCAAAAAUUUCUUCAGGGAUAACUCCAGGAAGACGUCAAGGGAUUCCUUCAGGAAUACUCAAAAAAUUUCUCCAGGAAUUCUUCCGGGGAUUCCUCCAGAAUUUCCUCCAGGGGUUCUUCCAAAAUUUCCUCCAGAGAUUGCUCCAGAAAUUCCUCAAGGGAUUUCUCCAGUAAUUCCUUCAGGGAUUCCUCCAGGAGUUUCUUCAGAAAUUACUCCAGGGAUUGCUUCAAAAAUUCAUCCUGAAAUUCCUCAAAAAUCUUUCAGGGAUUCCUGCACGAAUUCCUCCAGAAAAUCUUUCACAAAUUCCUCCAAGAAUUGGUCCAGGAAUUUUUUUCCGAGAUUCGUACUUGUAUUCCUGCAAAGAUCGCUCCAGGGAAUAGUUUAGAAGUUCCUCCUAGGAUUCCUCAAAGAAUUCAUUCAGAAAAUUUUCCAGGGGUCCUUCCAGGAUUUUUUACAGGAAUUUUUCCAAGGGCUCCUCUAGAAAUUUCGAAAAUAAUUCCUCGAGAGAUCUCUCGGAAUUUAUCCAGGCACUCCUUCAAGAAAUCUUGCACGGACUCCUAGAAGAAAUUCUGAAGGAAUUUUUCGAUGAACUCCUCCAGUGAUUUCUCCAGGAAUCCCUCCAGAGGUUGCUUUAGUAACUCAUCCAGGAAUUUCAAGGAUCCCACCAGGAAAUCGUCCAGAAAUUCCUACAAAGAAAUCCACGAGAGUUCCCCCAGGAAUUCCUUUAAGAAUUACUCUAGGAAUUCCUCCAAAAAAUCCACCAAAGAUUUCUCUACGAAAUCCUCCACAAAUUCCUUCGGGAAUUCUUUCAGGGAUAUCUUCAAUAAUCUCCAGAGACUCCUCAAGUAAGCAUCAAGGACUCCUCCAGCAAUUACUCCAGGAAUUUAUCGAGGAAUUUCUCGAGGCAUUCCUCCAGACUAUUCUGCAGAAAUUGUUCCUCGGAUUUCUCCAGGGAUUCCUUCAAAAACUCCUUCAAGGAUUCCUCCAGAAGUUACUAGAGGGAUUCCUCCAGGAAUUCAUCCAGAAGUUCCGCAAGGGAUUCCUCCAAAAAUUACUCCUCAAUUCUCCUGGAUUGCAUCCAGGAGUUCCUCCUAAAAUUCCUUCAGAAAUUUAUCCAAUCCCCCAAGGAUUCCUCCGAAAAUUCUUCCAGGAAAUACUUCACGAAUUCCUCCAAAGAUUAUUCAAGGUAUUACUUCAGGAAUUCCUGCAGAGUAUCCUACUCAUGAUCCUACUUGUAUUCGCCCAAGGAUCUUUCCAGGGAAUCAUCCAGAAAUUCCAAGGGGAAUGACAUAUCCUUUUCUAACUGGAAUAUCCGCAUUUAUCCAUUUCUAACCCUCCCUAACCGUUGCUAAGUGAGCAGCAGUUAGACGCGGUUUACGACCGUCAGA